ACAGAUACAGGAGAUCUAAGAGUUGUUCUUCUGGGGAAGACUGGAGUGGGGAAAAGUGCUUCAGGAAACACCAUCCUGAAGAAAAAAGGUUUCAGAGAGUUACUUUCCUCUCAAUCAGUCACCAGUGUGUGUCAGAAAGAAUCAGCUGAAGUCGGACAGAGACGGAUCUCUGUGAUUGACACUCCAGGACUUUUUCACACUAAUUUUCCUGAUGAAGAGAUCAGAAAGGAAAUUGCUAAGUGCAUCACCAUGGCAGCUCCAGGUCCACACGUCUUUCUGCUGGUACUUACACUUGGAUGUUUCACACAAGGGGAACAAGAACUAGUGAAGAUGAUGCAAAAUCUGUUUGGUGAUGAAUUCAGAAAAUACACCAUGGUGCUGUUCACCAGAGGAGAUGAUCUGCAGGGAAUGAGCAUUGACGAAUUUAUUAAAACUUCUGACUACAGCUUACAAAACAUGAUUAACCAGUGUGGAAACAGAUAUCAUGUGUUCAGUAACAGAAAUACUGAAGACCACACUCAGGUCACUGCUCUACUGGAGAAGAUCGACUCCAUGGUGGCAGAGAAUGGAGGGAGCUGCUACACUAAUGAGAUGUUCCAACAGGUAGAGGAAGCUCUGCAAGAAAAACAAGAGAGAAUACUGAUAAAAAUGAAGGAGGAGCAACAAAAACAAGAGAGAGAUAAGAAAAUGAGAGAAGAGGAAUUUAAAAAAAGAGAAGAGCAGAUCAAAAGAGAGUUUGCAGAGAGAGAAAAAUUAGAAAGAGAAUUUUACAACAAAAUAAGAGAAGAAGAUGAAAAAAGGAUGAUGGAGUUGAUAGCAGAGAUAAAGGGAGAAAGAGAGGAGAACAGAAAACAGUGGGAGAUACAACGAGAGGAAGAUCAGCGACAGAGAGAACAGGAGGAGAAGGAAAGAAGAAAGAAAGUGGAAGAAUGGGAAAAGAAACUAAGAGAGAAGAAAACUAAGUUUCAGAAUGAAAAAGAGAAAAUGAGGCAGAACCAAAAUGAUCAUCUACAGAAAUUACAGCAGGAGUAUGAACAGAAGGCCGCAGAAGAGGAGAAGAGACGAAGUGAGUUAGAGGAGAAAAUCAAACAGACAGAGGAAAGUAAAAAGCUACUCGAGCUGCAGUUAACUCAGCACGGAGAGUGGCAGAUGGAACAGGAGAAUAAGUGGAGAGAAAGAUUGGUGUCUCUGGAAAAAGAGUGGCAGUUUCAGCAUAAAAAGAUGGAAGAACAGUAUGAACAUGAGAAAAUAAUGGAGGAGAAGGUUAAAGAGGCAAAAGCAGAGGGGCAUAAAGAAGGGUACAGUGAAGGAGAGAAGAUGGGACGUGAGGAAGGAUUCAGUGAAGGAGAGAAGAAGGGACAUGAGAAAGGAUUCAGUGAAGGAGAGAAGAAGGGGUAUGAGAAAGGAUUCAGUGAAGGAGAGAAGAUGGGACAUGAGAAAGGAUUCAGUGAAGGAGAGAAGAAAGGGCAUGAGGAAGGAUUCAGUGAAGGAGAGAAGAAGGGUUAUGAGAAAGGAUUCAGUGAAGGAGAAAAGAAAGGGCAUGAGGAAGGAUUCAGUGAAAGAAAGAAAAGGACCACACCUCGUACAGUUUUUAAUAGAAUCAUUAACAGGUUCUCAAAGACAAAACAAAACAAAAAACCCCAAUAA